AUGGAAGGUCGUGCUUCUUUAUUAAAUGGUGUGGACAUACUUUCUAAAGCUGUAGCCGUAACGCUUGGUCCCAAAGGAAGAAAUGUUUUAAUUGAACAACCUUUUGGCAGCCCAAGGAUUACAAAGGAUGGAGUGACUGUUGCAAAAAGUAUAACACUUAAAGAUAAAUUUGAAAAUCUUGGUGCAAGACUUGUUCAAGAUGUUGCAAAUAAAACUAAUGAAGUUGCAGGUGAUGGAACAACAACUGCAACAGUACUUACCCGUGCAAUUUUUGUUGAAGGUGUUAAAAAUGUAGCUGCUGGAUGUAAUCCCAUGGAUCUUAGGCGUGGAGUUCAAAUGGCUGUUGAUGCUAUUGUUAAAUACUUAAGAGAAAUUAGUCGUGUUAUUACCACAAGUGAAGAAAUUGCUCAGGUUGCUACAAUCUCUGCUAAUGGUGAUAUACAUGUAGGAAACCUUAUAGCUAAUGCUAUGGAAAAAGUUGGUAAAGAUGGAGUUAUCACUGUUAAAGAAGGAAAAACAAUAGAAGAUGAAUUAGAAAUUACAGAGGGAAUGCGAUUUGAUCGUGGAUAUAUUUCUCCAUAUUUUAUCACUGAUGUUAAAUCUCAGAAAAUAGAACUUGAAAAACCAUUGAUUCUUCUAUCAGAGAAAAAGAUUUCUGUUCUACAAGAUAUUUUGCCAGCCUUGGAAACAUCAGCACAACAACGUAGACCACUAUUAAUUAUUGCUGAAGAUAUUGAUGGUGAGGCAUUGGCUGCAUGUAUAUUGAACAAAAUUCGUGGUAAUGUUCAAGUAGCAGCAGUUAAAGCACCUGGGUUUGGAGAUAAUAGAAAAUCCAUUUUAGGAGAUUUGGCUAUUCUGACUGGUGGUACUGUUUUCUCUGAUGAAUUAGAUAUUAAACUUGAACAAGCAACACCUGAUUUAUUUGGAUCAACUGGAUCAGUCACAAUUACCAAAGAAGAUACAAUUUUUCUUAAUGGAGAUGGGACAAAGGAAAGUAUUCAUCAACGUUGUGAACAAAUACGUGCAGCUGUAAAUGAUCCUACUGUGUCUAGAUAUGAAAAAGAAAAAUUACAAGAUCGCUUAGCAAAAUUAUCUGGUGGUGUAGCAGUGAUCAAAGUUGGUGGUUCAUCAGAACUUGAAGUUGGAGAGAAAAAGGAUAGAUUUGUUGAUGCAUUGAAUGCAACAAAAGCAGCAGUUGAAGAAGGAAUUGUACCUGGUAUCAAUAUUAUCAAAUCAGCCCUUACAAAACCAGCAAAAAUAAUCAUUGAUAAUGCAGGCGAAGAAGGUGCAUUAAUUAUUGGUAAACUGUUAGAUGAUCGUGUAAAUGGUUUCAAUUAUGGCUAUGACUCUGCUACUGGAGAAUAUGGAGAUAUGAUUUCUCGUGGUAUUGUUGAUCCUUUAAAAGUUGUCAGGACUGCUCUUGUUGACGCCUCAAGUGUUGCAAGUUUGCUAACAACAACAGAAUGUAUAAUCACUGAAGCACCAGAUGAGAACAAAAACGCUAGAGCGGGUGGAAUGGGUGGAAUGGGUGGAAUGGGAGGGAUGGGAGGGAUGGGAGGGAUGAUGUAG